AUGGCUCAGAUUCAGGCUCACUACAAGACUGUUGCGGAUAUCUUAGAUACCGCUUAUGACAUCGCAGAGCGAAACAUCACCGACUCAGAGCGUGAGAAUCGAAUGAGUAGCCUGCAGCAGCGGCUCGACAACAGACUCCAAGCAUGCGCCAAUAGCAUCCCUGGAUGGCUCACCCAGAUCCAAAACUUCUUGAAUGCCAAUGGUGAGAGAGCUUUUAUGCGACAGCUCUCUCAGCAAGCCUGGAACGAGUCCCCUGAUCUGGUAGCCUACUACAGUAGAUCAAAGACCGUUGUACGUGACUAUUGGAUCACAGUUUCUAAGGGUAUCGAUCUUCUUCAAAUGGCCCAUGGAGCACAAGGUGUCAGAUUUGAUGAAGGACAACGCGCCAUCGACCGGCAUAUCCGCCAACUGCUUGAUCAGGAACGCAACUUCGCCCGAUUCAUCGGAAAUGAAACCAUCAGACUCGCUGAGACCAUCCUCAUUGAUCCCGCCAGCCCUCACCCGUUCUUCUGGGAGACUAAUCAGGAUACCUAUGCCGCUGCUGAGGAUGUCGGUGCUACCCAAACCCGCAUCAGCGUAAACACACGUACCCCUGUCGAAUGGCGAAUGGAUCCCUGGCCUCCCGUCAACCUCGAGACUUUCGACCCUCUUAGGGGUUACCCUGUCGCUAUUAAUCAGGUUGGACAGCGUGGUAUUGUGUGCCCUGGUGGACGACAUGGUUUGGCUCUUGAACCCUUCGCACGACCUACUUGCACUUGGUCCAUUAAGCCCCGCGAGCCUGGAAACAACCGUUACUCGUUCAAGUUCAUCAGCGGCCUCGUUAGACAGGCCAAUAACGGCUAUUACAUGAUUACUCGGCCGUCUGCUGGCGUCCCCGGAAGGAUCAUGUCUCUUCUCACGCGUUUGCACCGCGAGGAUGGAAGUCACUUCUUCUAUGUCAAGCCUCAAGGACUUGCUGCCACAUCCUAG